AUGGAGGACGUGGUGAUUGCAGGCAUAGCAGGGAAGCUGCCAGAAUCAGAAAACUUGCAGGAGUUUUGGGAGAACUUGAUCAAUGGAGUGGACAUGGUCACUGAAGAUGAUCGGAGGUGGAAACCUGGAAUCUAUGGAUUACCGAGGAGAAAUGGGAAGCUCAAGGACAUCAGCAAAUUUGAUGCCUCUUUUUUUGGAGUUCAUCCAAAGCAAGCUCACACAAUGGACCCUCAACUCCGGAUGCUAUUGGAAGUCUCUUAUGAAGCCAUUUUGGAUGGUGGUUUUAAUCCAACUGCCCUUAGAGGCACCAACACAGGUGUGUGGAUUGGUGUGAGUGGAUCAGAAGCUGGUGAAGCAUUUAGCUUAGACCCUGAACAUUUGCUAGGAUAUAGUAUGACUGGCUGUCAACGUGCUAUGCUUGCCAACAGAAUUUCCUACUUUUUUGACUUCACUGGUCCAAGUAUGGCCAUUGACACUGCAUGUUCCUCUGGCCUCGUUGCUCUGGACAAUGCUUACAAAGCCAUUUGCAGUGGACAGUGUGAAUCAGCCCUUGUGGGGGGAGUCAACCUCUUACUGAAGCCCAACACUUCUGUGCAGUUCAUGAAGCUCGGCAUGCUCAGUCCUGAAGGUGCUUGCAAGUCUUUUGAUGCUUCAGGGAAUGGAUAUUGCCGCGCAGAAGCUGCCGUUGUUGUUUUCUUGACCAAGAAGUCAAUGGCCAAACGGAUUUAUUCUACCAUAGUCAAUUCGGGAUGUAAUACUGAUGGAUUUAAGGAGCAAGGUGUAACGUACCCAUCUGGAUGGAUGCAGCAGCAGCUGGUCAGUUCUCUGUACCGAGAAUCUGGGAUUACAGCUGAGGAAGUGGAAUAUAUUGAAGCUCAUGGCACAGGCACUAAGGUUGGGGAUCCUCAAGAAGUCAACGGCAUUGUCGGUGUCUUUUGCCAGUCAGAACGAGAGCCGCUGCUGAUUGGAUCAACUAAAUCUAACAUGGGUCAUCCAGAACCUGCCUCUGGUCUUGCUGCUUUAGCAAAGGUUGUUCUCUCUUUAGAACAUGGACUGUGGGCACCAAACAUUCACUAUAAUACCCCAAAUCCAGAUAUUCCUGCCUUACAAGAUGGCCGCAUUGAAGUAGUUACUAAGCCAACCCCAGUAAAAGGUCACUAUGUAGGAAUCAAUUCUUUUGGCUUUGGUGGCUCAAAUGCCCAUAUCAUCUUGAGCCCCAACAAGAAGAAAUCUCCCCCUCUGGAGACGUAUAAUUUGCCACGAUUGGUCCAAUUUUGUGGAAGGACUGAAGAAGCAGUAGAAAGAUUAAUAGAGCAGACCAUGAAACAGCAGCAGCACACUGCAUUUCUGAGCAUGCUCAAUGAUAUCUCUGGAAUACCUGCGUCAUCUAUGCCUUAUAGGGGCUACACUUUGAUUGGCAGUGAGGGUGAUGUGAAGGAGAUUCAGAUGGCUCAGUCCACGGGAAGACCUCUGUGGUAUAUCUGCUCAGGUAUGGGCACACAGUGGAAAGGAAUGGGCCUUAGCCUGAUGAAGCUUGAUCUCUUCCACCAGUCCAUCUUGCGUUCAGAUGAGGCUCUGAAAGGCACAGGUCUGAAGGUGUCUGACUUACUCCUGUUUGCUGAUGAGAACACCUUUAAUGACACUGUUAAUGCAUUUGUUGGGCUUGCUGCUAUUCAGAUAGCACAGAUUGACCUAUUAAAGGCUAUGGGUUUGCAGCCUGAUGGGAUUGUUGGCCACUCAGUUGGAGAACUUGCUUGUGGCUAUGCAGAUAACUCCUUAAGUCAUGAAGAGGCCAUUCUUGCAGCCUACUGGAGGGGGCGGUGCAUCAAAGAGGCCAAACUACCGCCAGGUGGCAUGGCUGCUGUUGGUUUAACAUGGGAGGAAUGCAAGCGCAGGUGCCCUGCGGGAGUGGUGCCUGCUUGUCAUAACUCUGAAGACACUGUCACCAUUUCAGGACCUCAGGAAGCCGUGUCUAAAUUUGUAUCCAAACUGAAAGCAGAAGGUGUGUUUGCAAAAGAGGUUCUCAGCGCUGGAGUUGCCUUCCACUCGUACUACAUGGCAUCCAUUGCACCGGUGCUUCUUAGUGCCCUGAAGAAGGUUAUUCCAAAUCCAAAACCUCGUUCAUCCCGCUGGAUUAGCACCUCCAUCCCUGAAUCUCAGUGGCCAAGUGCGCUGGCUCAGAACUCCUCUGCUGAGUACCAUGUAAAUAACCUUGUGAGCCCCGUCUUGUUCCAAGAAGGCCUGAAGCACAUCCCAGACAAUGCAGUCGUAGUAGAGAUUGCACCACAUGCCCUACUACAGGCAAUCCUGAGGAGAGCUUUGAAACCAACUUGCGCCAUUCUACCAUUGAUGAAGAGGGACCAUAAAAACAACCUCGAGUUCUUCCUAACGAAUGCUGGAAAAAUCCAUUUGACAGGAAUAAAUGUAUUUGCAAACAAUCUGUAUCCACCUGUUGAAUGUCCUGCCCCUGUGGGAACUCCACUCAUCUCUCCUUACAUUCUGUGGGACCACAGUCAGACAUGGGAUGUCCCAAAAGCUGAAGACUUCCCAACAAGCACUGGGGGAUCUGGAGCAGCAACUGUCUACAACAUUGAUGUGAAUCCUGAAUCCCCUGAUCAUUACUUGGUGGGUCACUGUAUUGAUGGCAGAGUUCUGUACCCUGCCACAGGAUACCUAGUGCUAGCCUGGCGCACUCUAGCUCGAACUUUGGGGACCUGCAUAGAACAAAUGCCUGUUGUGUUUGAAGAUGUUACAAUCCACCAGGCGACGAUACUUCCUAAGAAAGGUUCAGCACAGCUAGAGGUGAGACUCAUGCCUGCUUCUCAGUGUUUUGAAGUAUCCAGCAAUGGAAGUCUGGCUGUCAGUGGAAAAAUUUGCCUUUUGGAAGAAACUGCUCUGAAUAACUUCCGUAACCAGCAAAUUGACCAGAAAGAUACCUGUUCAGAAAUCACCUUAACUAAGGGGGACAUUUACAAAGAGCUUCGCCUGCGUGGUUAUGACUAUGGGCCGACAUUCCAGGGACUUAUAGAAUCCAGUAGUGAUGGAAAUUCUGGGAAGGUGCUGUGGAAUGGGAACUGGGUGACAUUCCUUGACACCCUUCUACAUUUGAUAAUCUUGGGGGAAACAGGAAGAAGUCUGCGGUUGCCAACCAGAAUCCGCUCAGUUUGCAUCGACCCAACAGUACACAACGAAUGUGUACACAAAUACAGUGAUGAUAUUGAAGCUUUUGAUGCUGUUGUUGACCGUUGCCUUAAUACCAUCACAGCUGGAGCUGUUCAGGUUUCUGGCCUUCAUGCUAGUGUUGCCCCUCGGCGACAGCAGGAACAGACCCCUCCAACACUUGAGAAAUUUUGCUUUGUGCCCCAUGUUGAGGGUGAUUGCUUGUCCUCUGAUGCCCAGCUUCUCUCCUGCUUUGAAAACUGCAAAGUGUUGAUCCAGAACUUGCAGAAGAAGAUAGCAAUGCAUGGAGUCAAGUUGGCUAUUCCAGGGCUGGAGACUGUAAAUACCCCUGUACAAAAAGAACCUGAAUCAAAGGGUCUCCUGCACAUCCUUGCUGAAAUCUGCCGCCUAGAACUGAAUGGAAACCUCUACUCAGAACUAGAACAGGUUGUGACUCGAGAGAAGCUGCAUCUUCAAGAAGAUCCCCUUCUCAAUGGCUUGCUGGAUUUUUCUCAGUUGAAGACUUGUGUUGACAUAGCACUGGAGAACCUUACCAGUCGCAAGAUGAAGAUAGUAGAGGCUCUGGCAGGAGAUGGGCACUUAUUCUCAAGAGUUACAAGUCUUUUAAAUACUCAACCCAUGCUACAACUAGACUACAUUGCCACUGAUGCAGCUGCAGAAGUCCUUGCAUCACAUGAGGGCCAUCUGCAGGAAAUUGGUGUUUCCAUUGACCAGUGGGACCCUGCUAACCCUCCUUCUGGAGUUCUGACCAGUGCUGAUCUCCUGGUGUGCAAUUGCUCACUGAACACUUUCAAGAAUCCAGCAGAGGUGCUCUCCAACAUGGCAGCCACAGUGAAGGAAGGCGGGUUUGUGUUAUUGCACACUCUUCUGAAAGGAGAAACUCUGGGAGAAAUAGUCCGUUUCCUCACAGAUCCAGACCUUCAGAAGAAACCAAGUCUCCUGACUCAGGUAGAAUGGGAGGAUCUGUUUAGCAAGGUCGGUUUGAAUUUGGUGGCUAGGAAAAGGUCCUCCUUUGGUGCAGCCAUCUUCUUAUGUCGCCGGCCAGCUCCUGCCAAGAAGCCUAUUUUCUUGCCUGUGGAUGACACGGAUUACAAAUGGGUGGAGCCUUUGAAGGAAAUGCUAGCAGAACCUUCAGAACAGCCAGUGUGGCUAACUGCUACUAGCUGUGGGACUUCAGGAGUAGUUGGCAUGGUGAAUUGUCUUCGUCAAGAACCUGGGGGCCACAGGAUCAGGUGUCUCUUCGUUUCCAACCUGAACGCUUCUUCUCCUAAACCCUCUACCAGUUCGUCUGCCAAGGAGAUGCAGAAGAUUCUGCAGAAUGAUGUAGUGAUGAAUAUUUAUCGAGAUGGAAAAUGGGGCUCUUUCAGACACAUCCUGUUAAAGCAAGCGAAAUCUCAAGAGCUCACUGAAUAUGCAUUUGUAAAUGUACUGACACGUGGCGAUCUCUCUUCACUUCAUUGGAUUGCUUCCCCACUUCGCCAUUUCUACACAACCAACCCUGAUGUCCAGCUCUGCAGAGUCUGUUAUGCAUCUCUCAAUUUCCGUGACAUCAUGUUGGCCACAGGAAAACUCUCUCCAGAUGCCAUUCCAGGAAACUGGACGUUACAACAAUGCAUGUUGGGAAUGGAAUUCUCAGGACUGGACCCUAAAGGAAAGAGAGUGAUGGGACUGCUACCUGCUAAAGGACUGGCUACUGUAGUAGACUCUGACAAGAGGUUCCUCUGGGAUGUGCCACAAAACUGGACUCUAGAAGAAGCAGCUUCGGUACCUGUGGUAUGCCACUGCUUACUAUGCCUUGGUGAUUCGAGGUGGCAUGAAGAAGGUGAAAGUGUGCUCAUUCAUUCAGGCUCAGGUGGUGUGGGCCAAGCAGCCAUUUCUGUUGCCCUUAGUAUGGGUUGCCGUGUCUUCACUACUGUUGGCUCUAAAGAGAAACGUGACUAUCUCCAAGCCAGAUUCCCCCAACUUGAUGCAAAUAGCUUUGCCAGUUCUAGAAAUACUUCCUUUGAGCAACAUGUACUGAGAGUCACCAAUGGUACAGGUGUUGAUCUGGUGUUAAACUCCCUGUCAGAAGAGAAACUCCAGGCAAGUCUGCGUUGCCUUGCUCGACAUGGGCGCUUCUUGGAAAUCGGCAAAUAUGAUCUGUCCAACAAUACACCUCUUGGAAUGUCCCUUUUCCUGAAGAAUGUGGCUUUCCAUGGGAUCCUUUUAGAUGCCAUUUUUGAAGAGGGAAACAAAGACUGGGAAAUUGUGUCAGACUUGCUAACAAAGGGCAUAAAAAAUGGUGUGGUAAAACCUCUGCGGACUACAGUCUUCAACAGGGAAGAGGUAGAAGCUGCCUUCAGAUAUAUGGCACAAGGAAAACACAUUGGAAAAGUCAUGAUUAAGGUCAAUGAAGAAGAAAAGAAAUCUCCUGCAAAGGGUGCAAAGUUACCCCAGCUCCCAGCCAUCUCUCGAACGUCUUGCCCGCCAAAUAAAUCAUAUAUCAUCACAGGAGGCCUUGGGGGAUUUGGGCUCGAACUGGUGCAAUGGCUAGUUGAAAGAGGAGCAAAAAAGUUUGUGCUGACUUCUCGUUCUGGCAUCCGAACUGGUUACCAGGCUAAACGAGUCCAAGAAUGGAAGCACUUGGGAGUCCAAGUUCUGGUGUCAACCACUGAUGUUGUGACUCUUAAGGGGGCACAAGCCUUAAUACAAGAAGCUUCUCAGCUUGGGCCAGUUGGGGGCAUCUUCAACUUGGCUAUGGUCUUGAAAGAUGCUAUGUUGGAAAAUCAGACUCCAGAACUUUUCCAGGAAGUUAACAGACCCAAGUAUACCGGCACACUUAAUUUGGACCAGGUAACCCGUCAAAAGUGCCCAGACCUGGACUACUUUGUAGCUUUCUCUUCAGUAAGCUGUGGAAGAGGAAAUGCAGGGCAGACCAACUACGGUUUUGCCAACUCUACCAUGGAGCGCAUCUGUGAACAGCGACGGCAUGAUGGGCUUCCAGGCUUGGCUGUACAGUGGGGCGCUAUUGGUGAUGUUGGUAUAGUCUUGGAGACAAUGGGCAGUAAUGAUAUUGUGGUUGGUGGAACUCUGCCCCAGAGGAUCAGCUCCUGUUUGGAAGUUCUGGAUCAUUUCCUCAACCAGCCUCACCCUGUCAUGUCUAGUUUUGUCCUGGCAGAGAAAAUGUUGUCAAGAAGCGAGGGGGGUAGCCAGAGGGACCUUGUAGAAGCUGUUGCUCACAUUCUUGGUGUUCGUGAUGUGAACAGCCUGAAUGCUGACACCUCACUGGCUGAUCUGGGUUUGGAUUCCUUAAUGGGAGUGGAAGUACGCCAAACUCUGGAAAGGGACUACGAUAUUGUCAUGGCAAUGAGAGACGUUAGAUUGCUUACCAUUAACAGACUGCGGGAACUUUCUUCCAAGCCUGGGGCCACAGAUGCAUUGACACAUGAAACAAAAUGUAGUCAGGCCGAGCAUCCCCAGUUGGACUUGAACACCCUGUUGGUUAAUCCAGAAGGACCAACCGUUGUGCGACUCAAUGAGGUGCAGAGCAAAGAGUCUCCUCUCUUCCUCAUCCACCCCAUAGAAGGAUCUCUGACAGUUUUCAAUACGCUUGCUUCCAAGCUCUGCAUACCCAGCUAUGGCCUUCAGUGCACCAAAGAUGCUCCUCUGGACAGUAUUCAAAGCCUGGCGUCCUACUAUAUUGACUGUAUUAAGCAGGUGCAGCCAGAAGGCCCCUAUCGGAUUUCUGGAUACUCCUUUGGUGCCUGUGUAGCCUUUGAAAUAUGUUGUCAGCUCCAAGCCCAACAGAAUCCUUCCCAUUCACUCAACAGCCUCUUCCUGUUUGAUGGUUCUCACUCCUAUGUAGCAGCACACACUCAGAGCUACAGAGCCAAGCUAACCCCAGGAAAUGAGGCAGAAACGGAGACUGAAGCACUGUGUGCCUUUGUUCAGCAGUUCACUGGCAUGGAAUACAAUAAGUUGCUGGAGGUUCUUCUGCCCCUGCCUGAUCUGGAGGCUCGUGUAAAUGCUACUGUGGACCUGAUAACUCAGAGCUAUAAAGACAUCAGCCGUGAGGCGCUCACCUUUGCUGCUGCUUCUUUUUACUACAAACUGAAAGCAGGAGAUGAGUAUAUACCAGACAACAAGUAUCAUGGCAAUGUGGUACUACUGAAAGCAAAGACCCACAGCGAGUACGGAGAAGGUCUUGGGGGAGACUACAAUCUUUCAGAGGUCUGUGAUGGAAAAGUAUUUGUCCAUGUUGUUGAAGGGGACCACCGCACCUGUCUGGAGGGAGAGGGUGUUGAGUCAAUUAUUGGGAUCAUCCACAGUUCACUAGCAGAGCCUCGGGACAGUGUUCGAGAGGGCUAGACACUUCAGAAUUUCUACUGUCCCUGGCAGAGAGAAUUCAAAGCUAACCCUUCUGAUGAUCGUCUUGAGACACUCUUCUUGUAACCCACCAUACCAUCUGCUCUGCAAUCAAGUCUUGGAAGUCCUGCUGACCAGUGCACCUCUCUGUCGCUCUCACUCCCCAGUGCAUUGACAUUACUGUUUCAUUGUUGCACGGACCUGCAUCGAGGGCAACAAUUUACAUGACAAAACACCCUUUUAGGAGCAGACUCUUUUUUCCCCUUACUUGUGCUGUGUGUUGUCUUGUAUUGUACUGUUGUCUAGCAGUAUUCCAAAGGAUAAAUUAAACUAACCAAGCCCAGUGAGCAUGGAGGGAGGCUGCAGCUGAUUUUGGAGACACUAUUCUGUCUGUGAAGAGUCAGUCUGUAGCAAUAUCAGAAGGUUAAUUCCAAUGAGGCUUUUUUUGUAACUAUUAUUUUUAAUUUGAAAUAUACUAGAUAUUUAUUGCUUUGUUAUGUAGCUAGAGGCUCACACUUUUAAUUUAGCUUUGAUUAAAAAAAAAUAGGAAGAAUACUCCAUUGCAGAGUAUUUUUUUCUGCCAGAUGAAGUUGCCUCUUUUUUUAUUUUUAAAACCAAAAUUCGUCAUUAGAGCCAUGUUCUCACACGAGGUGGCAAGUAGAUUCCAAGUAUCCCUUUUCUCUGCAGAGGGACUGCUUCUGCCUUGUUGCCUGCCAGACCCUGAUGGAAGGAGAUGGUAGUUGUGUGACUCACUUCAUGUGAAAUUCUUAGCAGAGGCGGGGGUCAAAAUGUUACGUACUUCCCGCAUCUAUGUGGGGAGUACACAUGCAAGGCUUGUGCUGGUUUCUGCAUUGCCCCAUCUAACUGCUUUCAAAAGAGCUUCUUCUUGCCCACGUUUGCAACUUGAAGGAUUCUCUGUGAGUCGGAUCCAUGUGGCUUCUUGUUGACAAGAACCUGAUUUGAUCCUCCCAACUGAAUUGUUUCUCUUCCCCCACCCACAAGGCCUGGUUUAUCAGUAUAUGCCUAAAGCCCCGAUAUGUUUAAACAAAAACAACAGCUUGGAAGUCCAAUAAGCCUCUUCUUGCCUCCUCUUUGUUGGAUAUGUUUGUAGGAGAAUCAGGGCAUCCUUGCUGCGCCAAUGAUGCAGAGGAAGCAUGUGGCGCAACCAGUAUCAAGUACGGGGGUUGCUGUUACUCCCCAAAAGGCUUUAAGAUCCAGCUUCCCUACUGGAUGGUGUUGCCAGUAUUGGGCUUUAGAGACAGCAAACACAUGCCGUACUUGCUGGGAGCUGGUUGGCUGGGCCACCCUCUGUGGACAAGCAGCUGGAUGACUGGUUUUAGUUUGUAAUUUUAAGGAACUUUUUGUGAAAUUUUGCAAUGUAAAAUUAAAACAUUUCCAGUUCAGUUCUCUUCUGUUUUUCAUUUUUACAUUUCUUUGGG